AUGACCACCACACCAGCAAAGGACGUCGUGGACGAGACAAAGGACACCAAGGCGGACGCCGAGGCCAAGCCCGAGCCCGUCGUGCUCACCGUCGAGGAUGAAAUCCUCAACUCGAUCCAGCUCAUCGGCCGCGCCGUGGCUACCAUCGAGCCACGCUUCACUGCGCGCGUGCUCCGCACGCUCACCGGCCUGCGGAAGAAGCUGACCCGCCCGGCGCUCAAGGCGGCGAUCGAGCGCGCCUUCCCCCGGGGAUCCAAGACCGGCCAGGCGCUCAUCGCCGCCCCGAUCUUCAGCACCAUCAAGGACGGCGAGUCGAUGGACGUUGACUCUGCCGCUGCGCCUGCCGCCGACGGCACGGUCGCUGCCGCCGUGAAGAAGUACACUGCGCCGCUUGAUGCUUCGACCAACGACCUGCUGCCGGAGGGCAUCGUCUACCUCCGUCUUCUGAUCAUCCUCGCUGCUCUGGACGCAGGCAAGGUUGUCGAGGCUGGCGAGUUCGCCCUCGAGACCACCGAGAUCAUCCAGGCGGCCAACCGCCGAACAAUGGACCAGAUCGCCGCCAAGGUCUACUUCUACCUCGCGCGCAGCUACGAGCUGCAGGACCGUCUCGCCGAGCUCCGCCCUACCCUCCUCGCUGUGCGCCAGACGGCCAAGCUGCGCAAGGACGAGGUCCUCGAGAUCACCGUCGUCAACCUCCUCCUCCGCUCGUACCUCCAGUCAAAUCUCUACGACCAGGCCGACAAGCUGCUCUCCAAGAUUGAGAUGCCCACGUCGUCGAGCUCGGCCCAGACGGCCCGCUGGCUGUUCUACGUUGCUCGUCUCCGCGCCGUCCAGCUCAACUAUGCCGGCGCGGCCGACCUCCUCCUCACGGCUAUCAGGCGAGCGCCAAAGGACGACGUUGCCCCCGGCUUUGUGCAGAUUGUUCACAAGUUCUACAUCGUCACCGAGAUGCUCACUGGCCGCAUCCCCGACCGCGGCAUGUUCCGCAGGCCAGUCCUCCAGCAGGCGCUGUUGCCCUACUUCCAGAUUGUGCAGGCUGUCCGCGUCGGCGACGUCGCUGCCUUCCAGCGCGCCUUCACCACCCACGAGCAGGCGUUCCUCGCCGACUCGACCCACUUCCUCAUCCUCCGUCUCCGUCACUUCGUCAUCCGUACUGCUCUUCGCACCAUCACGCUUGCGUACUCGCGCAUCUCGCUGCGCGAUGUGUGCCUCAAGCUCGGCCUCGACUCGGAGGAGGACACCGAGUACAUUGUGGCCAAGGCGAUCAAGGACCGCGUGAUUGAUGCCACGAUCGACCACAAGGGCGGCUUUAUGCAGUCCAAGGCCAAGAAGGAGGUGUACGAGACGGACGAGCCCCAGCAGCAGGUCGCGCAGCGUCUCAAGUAUGCGCUGUCGAUGCACAACGAGGCGCUCCAGGGCAUGCGCUUUGCGGCCAACAUCCACCGCAAGGACCUCGAGACCGCCGCCGACGCGAGGGAACGUGACCGUGAGAUUGCCCAGCUCAUCCAGGACACCAAGGACGACCUGGAUGAGAUCUAG